AUGACUUUCGACAACGUAACCAUCAUUGGAGCAGGCCUAUCUGGACUCACCCUGGCCCUUUUCCUCAAGAAGCAUGGCAUCAACAGCACUAUCUACGAGCUCCGCAAACCAGAUGUCAGAUCUGAAGGAGCUGUCAUGUUGUCCCCCAACGCCCUUCGAACUCUGGACACGAUCGGCAUCUACAGCAGGUUCAAGGACAAAGGCUACCACUUCAGAGACCUAACCUCUCGCAACAAUGAACACAAGCUUCUGGGUGCGUACGAAAUGGGCAACGCCGACAGAUUUGGCUACGAUGCUCUCCGGGUCUGUCGACAAGUCUUGCUGGAUGAGUCAAAAGCAAUGGUCAAAGAAGCUGGCAUCGAAAUCGUCCACGAAAUCAAGUUCUCCCAUGUCGUGUCAGAGGAUGAAUCUGGAGUCACCUUUGCCUUCACGAACGGUGAGCAGAAGACUGCAGACCUCCUCAUCGGCGCAGAUGGUAUCCACAGCACAGUCCGGAAGUACAUCGACCCAGAUGUAGUGCCAUCUUUCUCCAACGUCAUGGCCGUCACAUGUGCCGUACCCACAGCAGCAAUCAAGCUACCCUUCGAGCCGUACUCAAUGCCGGUCGGCAUCCACGGCAGCACGGGUGCAUUCGUCAUGGCGCCUCAGAACCCAGAAGGAUCAGAGGUCCUCGCUGGCACUCAGUACCGCACCCACGAACGUUCUCGAGCUGAGUGGGAUGCGCUGUGGGCUGAUAAGAAGCAGCUCUUGGAGAUCAUUCGAGGGGGAUACGACUCGUACAACGAGAUGAUUCAGUCGGCUAUGGAUGCCGUACCACUCGACACGCUCUCAAUCUGGCCUUUCUACACCGUGCCAAAGCUGACGAAAUGGAGUUCCGAGAAGGGAAGAGUCAUCAUGUUAGGCGAUGCCGCUCACGCCAUUCCACCGGCAGCUGGCCAAGGCGUCAAUCAGGCGUAUGAAGAUGUGCAUGCGUUUUCGUUGGUCAUGUCGUCUACAAAUGAUGGCAAGACGCGGUGGGAAGAAGGCGUGAAGUGGUGGCAACAGUAUCGACAAGCAAGGGUCGAGGGUGUCACUGAUCUCACUAACGAAAUGAACAAACGACGUCUGCCUGGGUGGAAUGGUGAAGGUGGCUCGAUUGACAGUAGUUGGCUGUUUAGUGUGGACAUCGAAGGCGAUUUCAAGGCUUGGAUCGAGGGUUGA